AAGGGAGGGGCUAAGUAGAGGUGGGCAAGUUCUUCAACUGAGCUUGCGACUAACUAUAUAUUGGGUGAUACCGGAGCACCCCGCCCCCCAAAACGAUCCGGCUGGGGCUGUUGGCUCUCCAGGCCCCCACCCCGCCCUCUAUGAUAAUUAUGAUGCCUUGACUCAUUUGUGAGUCACACUCGGACCUGACCUUGACAGGCCUUGGGAGUGGGUGGUGGGGGAGAAGACGGGGACACAGAAGGAGGGCGCUCGGUGAGGGGUAAUGGAUGAACCCACUUAUGGGACUUAACAAAAGCAAAACAAAGUCAGAGAUUCUAGAGUGAUUUGCUAUUCCCUUCUCCGGCUCAUUUGACAGAUGAGGAAACUGAGGCACCAGGGUAACCUGCCCAGUCACACAGCUAUUAAGAAUACCCAGGAUCAGGGUAAGGGCAAAAGACCAGAAAAUCCUCCGAAGAAAAGCUUGGAGAAAGGUGCCCCCAAAAUUGAAGGCACUCCAGCACGUGUGAAAACAUCUCUGAAAUCUACACAGAAUAUGAGCAUCGCUGAAAAGGCAUCUAUGUCAAAGGACUCCGAGCCAAGACCCGUAACUGUUCCCAAAAUCAUCGUUACUAGAGCUUCCAAGGAUUCAGUCCAAAGUAUUCGACCAGAUGUGCAAAGGACCAUAAAGGAAAAAACUGACUAUUGCCCCAUGUACGGAAAUGCAACCCCUGGGCCUUACCCAAGUCCUGGAAAAUCAUCCUCAUCAGUGAAGAAACCCAAAAGAGUCUAAUAGUGGUUUGCAGGGACACCACUGCCUUCCUUGGAAACUGGUUGCAGCUUCUCCCCUUUAUCUUUGGCUAGCCACCUCAGCCUCGCUUUUCCAUCACAUGCAGUUUGGAGGAAUGCAGGAAAAACUCCCUGAGAAGUGAACUGGGAAGCUUUGUUUAAAAUAAACACCUAAAUAAAGAAAUGAAUUUUGAA